UGUAAGUCAUCACGAGGCGGAAGCGCCGCGGGGGCGGGAAGGUUGUAGAGCUGCAUGUUGAGCUCGAGCUGCUGGUCUUUAAGUGGUCGCGCCCCCUUGGAGAACGCGACCAGAGGGCGAGGCGUUCCCGGGCUCUCUCGCCUCGCGGUGAUUGCAAAGUGCUGAUCACUUGCCCACAGAACAUAGUUGAAACAGAAAAUAGGAAGAUGGCAGCAAACCCUUCAGGACAAGAAAAUCUUUACAAGGAAAUGGGCCUGUGAGUUUAUCUGUAAGAGGAAAAGAAAAAUGAGUGAGGAGGAAAGAGUGACUCACACAGAAGAGAUUUCAUCAUCUUAUUUAGCCAUUGCUGAAGACAAGAAACCUCAAUGGAUAGAAAAAGUGGCAGUAGCUUAUAAGGGGUUUUCAAAACAAAAAUAGAGUUGCAAUCUUGGCAGAACUGGACAAAGAAAAAAGAAAAUUACUAAUGCAGAACCAAUCUUCAACAAAUCAUCCUGGAGCUAGCAUUGCGCUCUCGAGACCCUCUCUUAACAAGGACUUCCGGGACCACGCAGAGCAGCAGCACAUUGCAGCCCAGCAGAAGGCGGCUCUGCAGCAUGCACACGCGCACUCAUCUGGCUACUUCAUAACUCAAGAUUCUGCAUUUGGGAAUCUUAUUCUUCCUGUUUUACCUCGCCUUGACCCAGAAUGAAGAAAGUACUUGUGACAAAAGUGACUUUGCAAUAUCAAAUGCCAAAGCUACUAUCAUUCAGUGCUGUACAAACUGUGACUUUCAGAAUUUUGGUGGACUUUUAUACAUUUUGUUUCUUUAGAAGAAAGAUGUGUGUAAGUGAAAGCAAAAAAGGAGCGUGACCAGGACGAUGAAAGCUCUGGAAGCUAUAUUAUCUGAGGAACUGAUUAUGCUACCCAUGACUGUAACUUUUGUGUAAUGCAGUUUGAUUUUUAAUUCUGAAUCAGACUCUGAAUUGAAUGUGGUCACAUAAACCACCCCCCCCCCAGCUAGUUGGACUGAGUAUAUCAUGUCUACAAUAGACUUUCAAGAACCAUUUAAAGUACUUAAUUUAAACAAAUGAGGGUGCUUUUUUAAAAUGUGAACUAAUAGGCUUAAAUAAGUUAUAUUCACAUUUGUUGUUUAUAGAACUGAUAUCAGUGCACCUUUUGAGUUUGUAGUCUACGUAUCAUGAAAUACCCUUUAACUAGUAACCAGUUCCCCUGUUCUCAAUUUUAAAAGUAAACCCAAGAUAAGACUGUUACGAACCAGUCCUAAACAGCUUUUAUAAACCUAUGCCCCUAUAAAUUAUGUGACUAAAGGCUAUUAAAAACAGUUAAUAAGAAAUGUAGUUUUAGAUUUUGUAUAUGCUCUUAUUUAGUGUUACUGCAUAAAUGGUGUGCCUGCACAGUUUUAUAGCCCAUUUUUGCUCUAAUUGGAAGCAUUAAUUAAAGUUGAGCCCCUUUUUAGUUACUUUAAAAUGGAAGGACUUAGGUUAAGCAAGUUUCUCAACAUGAUACAUCUUUAACAGAAUCCAGGGUGCUUAUUUAAAUAUGCAGUCCCGGGCUUCCUAGGUGGCGCAGUGGUUAAGAAUCCGCCUGCCAAUGCAGGGGACACAGGUUCUAUCCCUGCUCCAGGAAGAUCCCACAUGCCACGGAGCAACUAAGCCCGUGUGCCAAAAAUAAAAAAUAAAAAUAAAAAUAAAUAAAUAAAUAUGCAGUCCCCACAACUGACCCUAGUCCUACAGAAUUAGUGUCUGUAACUCAAAAUAAAGUCUGAAAACCAUGGGUUAGAGAAUUCAGUUUUCAUGAUAUAUAAAUCCAUAGAUUUGUAGGUCCCUGAAACUUAUAAUUUAGCUAACAUUCACAUUUUUUACUUUUAAUAGGAUUGAAAUUAUGUUUUAUACUAUAUCACAGAUACAGUGUUUUUUAUAACUGACCUCAUCUUGGCCUUGAGUUCCCAUCCUCUCUGGUGGUAGGGUGAAAUUUAAACUCGAGAUUCCAAUUUGGUCAGUAAUUAGAAACAGUUCAUCUCCCUUUUCAAAGAGUUUCUUCUCCCUCCUUCCCUUAGAUAUUGGUACCAACCACACAGCCCCAUCUUACCUAAACUGUAUGAAAAGGAAUGGGCAGUUCUAGGUAUGGCUGUGCCACUUAGCUUCUUUCUGUCGGGAAUUGGGACUGGUUUCCUUCGUGUGGGUGAGCUGGCAGCUGUCCCCAUCGUAAUGGGGACAUUAUGUAAUGGUCACCAUUACAGCAAAGAUGCCCUUUCUCCUGCUGCUGAGGAGACCUGGGGCGCUUGCCUCUGCCCUGACUCAGGUCCACGCAGCUAGCCUCGGCCCUCCUUAGCGUAGUCCUCAUUUUCUUGAAUUAAUUUGACUAAGUUACUGUUCUGUGCGAUCCAGGAGCUACUGGCAUCAUUCUACAUCUACUGAUGCUAGAUAAAUUUUUGGAUUGUAUAGUUUUUAUACUGUUGAAGCCUCUACCAAACAUGUGACUUUUAUAACCUUGGUAAAGAGAUCUUUUUUUCCAGUGGUAUCUUUUCUGGUCUCAGCCUUUUAAGUAGAUGUUGCCUAAAUCCUACAGUUCUGGCUAGUAAGCACUUCCUCCACCCCUCUCCUUUGAGUCACUUACAAAUUCAGUUCAGUUCCAUGUGUAUUUUUUAAUACCUACUCUGUAAAGCACUGUGUUUUGGGGAGGAAAAGGUGAGUAAGACCUCCUCUUAAAGGGGUUACGGUGGGGACUUCCCAGGUGGUACAGUGGUUUAAGACUCCAAACUUCCACUGCCACUGCAGGGGGCGUGGGUUCAAUCCCUGGUUUGGAAACUGUGAUCCCGCACGCCAGGCGACACAGCUAAGUUAAAAAAAAAAAAAAAUUGAAAAAAAAAAAAGAGGUCCUGGUGGAGAGGAGCCUACUCCGGUGCAGCAGUGAGGGAGCAGCACCCGUGAGUGAGCGAGCGGCAGGGGAGCUGCAUCCUCGAGCAUGAGCAGUCCAGGCAGGACAAGAAGCAGCUGUGUGAUUUUACCGGGCAAGGGAGGGAGGCGCUGCCCCAGGUAGAGGUCAGGCUUUCAUAAUCAAAGAAGUGGGGACUACGACAGUUGUGAGGACUGCAGAGGACAAUGGAGGGGGCAGAAGCCCCGAGGAGAAGCAGCAGCGUUGCUUCCCUUGGAUUGUGGGGGGGUGUGGCUAACCCAGUUAACCUUGAGAUUUACGUGUCACUCUGCCUCAUCUGUAAAAUGGGCACAGUACACACUGCCUACUCCAUAAAUUGUCUGCACCAGUGUUGUUCUAAGUGCAGGUCUCAGCACAUCUAAUUAGGCCAACUUAAUGGCUGAAUGGGGUAUGGCCUGCUUUUUUUUUUUUUUUUUUUUUAAUAAAAUAGAAGACAUCAGAGUGCAUGGCAUGGAGUAAUAGGAGGUUUUGUUCACGAGUCUUCCUUUUCUGUGUGUUUGUGUGUUCUACUUACUUUGUCUGUUAUAUGCUCCGCCAGCAUGUAAGUUCUUUGAAGGCAAGGGCUUUUGUUCCCUCCUUCCUUUUUGUUUACUGCUGUACUCUGCUGAGAAUAGUAUUUGGCAUAUUGUAGGCAGUCAGUACUUACUUACUGAAGGAAUGAACGAAUGAAUAAAUAUGACCUGGAUCAUGAUGUAAAGGGUGUUUUUUUGUUUAUUUUUACUGUGAAAUGGCAAACAUGUUUUGAAAGCCAUUGCUAAAUAAUACAGAUGAUAGUGCUUUGUCUGACUCUGGAAUAAAAACUGGAAUAAAUGACUCUGAU